AUGUCUCCACUAUUUUUCUCUUCUCAUUCCCACUCUAAUGGUUUUCAGCUUGGAUGUGGUCAUGGACUUCCUGGGAUUUUUGCUUGCCUUAAGGGUGCCGCUGUCAUUCAUUUCCAGGAUUUUAAUGCCGAGGUCCUCGAAUGUCUGACUAUUCCCAAUGUGAAUGCUAAUUGUCUAAAGAAGUCUCAAAAUUUGGCUACAGAUGUGGCAGAUCAAGCAGAACUCCGUUUUUUUGCUGGUGACUGGAGUGAAGUCCAUCAAAUUCUCCCUCAUAUAGUUACAAAUGGAAAGGACACAAAUUAUAGUCCAGGGCCGGAUCAAUCUGCUGGCUAUGAUAUUAUUUUUAUGGCAGAGACAGUUUACUCAAUCUCUGCUCUCCCUAGCCUCUAUAAACUUAUAAAGAAGUGCAUGAGUCGCCCUCAUGGAGUCAUAUACAUGGCAGCAAAGAAGCAUUAUUUUGGAGUAGGAGGGGGAUCUAGGCGGUUCCUAUCUGUGGUAGAGAAAGAUGGUGUUAUGGCUGCUAGCCCAAUUACUGAAGUUGCAGAUGGCUCCUCUAACGUUCGAGAGGUUUUGAAACUUUCAUAUAAGUAG